CCUACCUCGCCCACCAAACCCUAGACAAACGCCUCCGAUCCCUCUCCCCCGAUCUCUUCUCUAUAAAAGCCCAAGGAUUUCGAAUUCUUCCCGCGGAUUCCCAGCCGCGCCCGAAUCGGAGCCCUCCCAUCGGGACCCUGCAGGGGCCGCUGAUCUAGGCUGUGGCGGGGGGAUCGAUGGCGGCGGAGGCGGCGCUGGAGGGAAGCCAGCCGGUGGAUCUGUCCCAGCACCCCUCCGGCAUCGUCCCCACGCUCCAGAAUAUCGUGUCCACGGUCAACUUGGGCUGUGAAUUGGACCUGAAAGCAAUAGCUCUUCAGGCACGCAAUGCAGAGUAUAACCCCAAGCGUUUUGCUGCAGUCAUCAUGCGUAUAAGAGAACCAAAAACUACCGCAUUGAUAUUUGCAUCAGGAAAAAUGGUUUGCACAGGAGCAAAAAGUGAAGAGCAAUCUAAACUUGCAGCUAGAAAGUAUGCUCGUAUAAUCCAGAAGCUUAACUUUCCUGCAAAAUUCAAGGAGUUCACGAUACAGAAUAUCGUUGCGUCUUGUGAUGUCAAAUUCCCCAUAAGGCUUGAGGGACUCGCAUAUUCUCACGGCGCCUUCGCAAGUUAUGAGCCAGAGCUAUUUCCUGGUCUGAUCUAUCGGAUGAGGCAGCCGAAAAUUGUCCUGCUAAUUUUUGUUUCGGGCAAGAUUGUUCUGACUGGAGCAAAGUUUCGAGAAGAUACCUAUACUGCCUUCGAGAACAUAUAUCCUGUCGUCUCAGAGUUCCGAAAAGUGCAGCAAUGAUGGUGACUUUGGAAGUAAGCAGAAUUGGAGAUGUUGCUUGCGGCCUGGUCCAACCUCCAAGUGUACAUAUAACCUGGAUUCUGGUGGAGCCUAAGUCCAUCAGAUUUGGAGUACCUGUUGUCGUAGUCGGCUCGGAGUCUUUUUGUUAUGGAUCAUAGUUGAACAUGUUAGGUCUAUUAUAGUAUCGUUCAUGGACAGUUGGUAUCACCCGCAAUGCUCUGUGGGAAUCUAACGAGACCAAGAACAUUUUGCUCCUGGAUCUUAGUGUCUUUUCUGAAUGCUUCUGAUGAUGAAAAGGCAACCUAGUGUAUAUGUACUUGACGUGUUACAUCUUGUUAAAAGGACUUCUACCAAUGUCAGG